AUGUCUCGCGGCGGAACAACUCUCUACGUUACUGGUUUCGGACCCGGUACACGCGCCCGCGACCUAGCCUACGAAUUCGAACGCUAUGGCCGUCUUGUCCGCUGCGAUAUUCCAGCCCCUCGAACCGCUGCCAGUCGUCUAUUUGCAUUCGUUGAGUAUGAAAGCCGUCGUGAUGCAGACGAUGCAUAUCACGAGAUGCACAACAAGCGUAUCGGACACGAUGACUUGCUAAAGAUUGAAUGGGCACGAACUCCUCCCUCUGCCUCCUGGCGUUUCGAUUCAGGCCGCGACCGCGAACGUGCCGCACCUGGGCGCCGCUCUCCUCGCCGUGGUGGUCGGUCUCCCUCUCCUCGACGUGGUCGUGGCGACUACUCGCCCCGUAAAGAUACCCGUCGCGACCGUGACCGCGACUACGAUCGCCGAGACCGUUCCGAUCGGGAUCGCUCUCGCAGCCCAGAUGAGAGGGACCGUGACACCAAGGAUGAGCGCGACCGCGAUGAGCCGCGUGAGACUGUCACUAAUGGAGAAGACAGGAAAGGUGAUUUUGAACUUCCAAGUCACAUUAAACCCAAACUCGCUGAUACCCAAAUGGCAGUUGCCAGGGACUCCCCUCCUCCACAACACGAUGAGCUUGACACGGCUGAGUGA